CUCGUGGUGAGAGAUGCGAGCCGCAUUUCAGCUUUCACUUAAUCUUAUCCAUCCUUGCGAUUCCUUCUUUAAAUAUAUGCCUGAACUGUUUCAUAGCAUAAGAACAAUUUCUGCAGCAUUGAAGGUCCCAUUGAGCACAGUGGCCUCCAUCAUCCAUAAAUGGAAGAAGCUUGGAACCACCAGGACUCUUCCUAGAGCGGGCUGCCCAGCCAAACUGAGCGAUCGGGGGAGAAGGACCUCAGUCAGAGAGACCCACAAGAACCCAAUGGUCACUCUGAAAGAGAUCCAGCAUUUCUCUGUGGAGAGAGAAGAACCUUCCAGAAGAACAACCAUCUCUGCAGCACUCCAAAAUCAACAAAAGAGAAAUAUGUGUGUCUGGUGUUUAUACAGAGAAAGUGUCAGUGUCAGUGAUGGAGGGAGAUUCAGUCACUCUACACACUAAGGUUGAAACAAAUCACCAAGAGAGUAUUAAGUGGUAUGUCAGCAGCAUUCGCAUCGCUCAAAUCGAUGGAGAUCUCCAUUUUAACUGUACAGAUAUUCAGUGUAAUGAAGGAACUGAGAGAUUCAGAGACAGACUGAAGUUGGAUCAUCGGACUGGAUCUCUGACCAUCACAAACAUCACAAACACAGACUCUGGGGAAUAUAAACUAAAAAUCAGCAGCAGCAGUGACAGUGAAAAGAUCUUCAGUGUUUCCAGUGAUGUUCCUGCUACUGAACCAUAUGAAAUAAAGGAGGGAGAAUCUGUCACUUUAGAUCUUGGUGAAAUAAAAAACCCAAAUGAUGUGAUGAUGUGGUAUUUAAAUGACACUCUCAUCGCUGAAAUAACUGGAGAUCAGAGUAAGAUCUGUACAGAGGAUCAGUGUAAAGAAAGAUUCAGAGACAGACUGAAACUGGAUCAUCAGACUGAAUCUCUGACCAACACAAACAUCAGAAUCACAGACUCUGGAGAAUAUAAACUCAAGAUCAUCAUCAUCAGCAGCGAAUUCAGUAUCACCAGAGUGAAGAGAUUCAGUGUUUCUAUCAAUGGUGUGCCUGCAGCUGCUUUGGCAGGAGGAGUUGUUGUUGCUCUUCUGCUGGUUGCUGCUGGUGUGGUUUACAACAAGAUGUCUUGUAAUAGGUGAAUCUAGCCUGAUCCAGAAGACAUUCGUUUGAGAACUGAUGGCAUUUCCACAAAUACUGC